AUGCUUGAGAGUCGUGCCAACAUAGAAAAAGCUUUUCUCUCCCCCAAGACCAUUAUGGGACGCAAAGAAAUCGAUGUACCUAAGGAUGUUGGUGAACUUUUAAUGUCUUUGUCAAAUAAGACCAAUGACAUUGGUUCCUCUUCGUCUGGAAAUGUUAAGAGUAACAUCACCUUUGUUAAACCUUCUGUGGGAACAUUUGUCACUAAGAAGAUAAUGAUCACAAAUUUGAAUCCUAAGAAGAUAAGAAACAUAGAAGCUGCAGCUGCAGAACUAAUAGAAUCAAGUGACUCAAGUGAUUCUGAGUCAGAUAUGGACUGA